UCCUCCACUCCAGGUCAAUGUUUAUUUACAUCAGAGAGGUGAAGUUGAAAGCUAAUUUAUAACUUCAGCGUCUUGGGCUACAGUUUUUAUUUUUCACAUUGCACAGGCCUUUGAGUUACUAACAUAAGCACAGUUUAUAUACGUACCUGAUUGUGUCGCGAGCCAUGAGUGCCAUACUCCCUCGUAUCGAGCUGCUAUCGUCCAGAGUUGUACGAAUCCUGGGAUGCAACCCUGGUCCAAUGACACUACAAGGAACCAAUACAUAUUUAGUUGGAACGGGGAAAAGGCGAGUGUUGAUAGACACAGGAGAGCCUGCCGUCCCUGAGUACAUCAACAGUCUCAAACAAGCCUUGAGCCAGUUCAACACUGCCAUCCAGGAGAUAAUUGUCACCCAUUGGCAUCACGACCAUACAGGUGGAGUGACAGACAUCUGCAGGGACAUCACUGGAGGUUCUGAGUUACAAGUCAGCAAACUCCCUCGCUCUCCCCCAACUGACGAAAGAAUAGGACCAAAUAAGACGUACACUUACCUGAAACAUGGAGACGUCAUAGAAACUGAGGGGGCCACACUGAGAGUCCUGUUCACCCCAGGACACACAGAUGACCACAUGGCCCUUGUUUUGGAAGAAGAGAAGGCCAUCUUCUCAGGAGACUGUAUUUUGGGGGAGGGAACGGCCUUGUUUGAAGAUCUCUAUGACUAUAUGAAAUCUCUGCAAAUCCUGCUGGACUCACAAGCUGACCUAAUAUACCCAGGUCACGGCCCUGUGGUCCAAGACGCUGGUUCUAAGAUCCAGCAUUACAUCAGCCAUAGAAACCUCAGAGAGCAACAGAUCCUCAGUGUCCUCCAGGCAGCCGGAGGGAACACAUUUUCAUCUAUGGAACUGGUCAAAGUCGUCUACAAGGAGACACCUGAACAUCUGCAUAGAGCAGCAGAGGUGAACCUUGUGCAUCACCUAAAGAAACUGGAGAAGGAGGAGAAGAUAACUGUUGCUAGUGAUGAUUCUUCUCACACCAACAAAUGGAAGAGUAAUUUGUGAUAGAUUAUUUAAUCAGGUUUAUCUGUUGGAAAAUUACAUCCCUAACAAAGACCCAUGCGAUCUUGGAUUCGAAUGAUUUACAUUUACCUGUUGAAUACACAACUGAGCUUGAUUUGACGUGAAGUAAAGAGUAUUUGCAUGAA